AAAACGUCCGGAAAAGCCGAGGCUUUUUGGUAUGAGGUCUCUAAUUAUGUGUCCUUCCCAAUACAGACAUUCUUAUAGUCGCGUUUUCAUUCUGUUUAAUUGACUCUAAUCGCACGGUAAGGUGAAAUACUUAAGAACAUAAUUUAAACAUGUUCUGUAAAUGUGCAGCGCGAGCUUCAAAGGCGCUGCGGCCUAUGAGUCCUCGGUGUGGCGUGUUGACGCUGCCCGCUUUAAGCGUGCGUUGGACAUAUAAACGGGAAUCAAGUAACUCUGCCUGGAAUUCCAAGGUUCCUCAGAGACCCACAUGGGAACCCGUGGCUGAAAAUCAACUUCCACCGCCAACAAGAGUCUUGCCAGAUUUAGUUGACAAAUUGGAGAGAUUAGCCCUUGUUGACUUUGGCAGCAAAGAAGGGGUGGACUGUCUGGAGAAAGCCAUUCGUUUUUCUGAUCAACUUCAUGUCAUUAAUACUGAUGGUGUGGAUCCGAUGGAUUCGGUUCUAGAGGACAGAGUACUGUAUUUGAGAGAUGAUAUGAUAACAGAGGGUGAAUGUGGGGAGGAGCUGCUCCAGCUUGCCAAACACACAGUAGAGGAGUACUUUGUUGCACCUCCAGGAAACAUCCCACUACCUAAAAGAGAAGAGAGAUCUGCUAUGCUUAAACACGCAGAAUUUUGACUGAAAUGUAACAUUGACUCUGAAUUGCAUUAUAAUAAACAUUUAUUUUUA